CAGUCUGUGAAGCCCAUGACAUUACUUCUUACUAAAGAAACGUGUUGAACACAUCAUGUUUUUAAUGCAUUUUUCGUUUUUAUUUUCUUCUUGUUUUAAGUGUUAUUUUUCCUUUAGACUCUUUUGUGGCAGUAUUUGCACCUAUUUACAUAUAUGUACACUGUCAACAAGUUUGUAUAUUUAAUCAAAAAGCAACUGGACAUAUUUAUUAGGUUAUAGGACAUGGUUGUUCAGUACGUUCAUUACUUUUAUUUUGACAAUAUUGUAACGUGUUCUUCGAGGUUGGGUUCCAAUAGGAAGCCGUGUUAGUGGAUGGUUCUUCGGAUGCUGUUGUCAUCUGUGUAGCACAUGUGAAUGAUCUGAAAAAAUACCUACAAAAUGCUGCGACGUGAAGUUCGGCUCAGGAAGGAGUAUCUGUACAGGAAGGCCCAGGAGGACCGGCUGCGCUCCAUAGAGGAGAAGAAACAAAGGGUCAAAUCCGCAUUAGACGAGAAUCGUCUUCUGCCCACGGAGGUUCGCAAAGAGGCCUUGCAGCUGCAGAAGCUUUUAGAGUUUGAUGAUGACGGUGGAGAAGGCGUUAGCUCCCAUAUAGAUGAUGAGUAUAAGUGGGCCGGAGUUGAAGACCCCAAAAUCCUGGUCACAACUUCCAGAGAUCCAAGCUCGAGACUCAAGAUGUUUGCCAAGGAAGUGAAGCUUAUGUUCCCUGGGGCCCAGCGCAUGAACAGAGGAAACCAUGAAGUUAGCAUGCUAGUUCAUGCCUGCAAGGCCAAUGAUGUCACGGACCUGGUGAUAGUGCACGAGACCAGGGGACAACCUGAUGGCUUGGUGGUGUGCCACCUCCCUUUCGGACCCACCGCCUACUUCACUCUGUACAACGUGGUGAUGAGGCAUGAUGUCCCGGACAUCGGAACCAUGUCUGAGGCCUUCCCUCACCUCGUCUUUCACAACUUCACCUCGCGUCUGGGCCGGCGGGUGUGCAGCAUCUUAAAAUACCUGUUUCCUGUACCCAAAGAGGACAGCAAAAGGGUAAUCACAUUUGCCAAUAAGGAUGACUUCAUUUCUUUUAGGCACCACACUUACAAGAAGACUGACCACAAGAACAUAGAAUUAACAGAAGUUGGACCAAGGUUUGAAAUGAAAUUGUAUAUGAUCAAAUUGGGCACCCUGGAGAACGAGAGCAUUGCGGACGUGGAGUGGCGUCACCAUGCGUACACGCGUACUGCCAAGAAGCGGAGGUUCCUGAGUGUGGAGUAGACAUGUCCUGCUGUGGACAUGGCGAGAUGAACAUGUGCCUUUGUCACCUGGCUGGUGCUUUUUUAAAUUUUUGCUCAGUGAGAGUACAGUGCAGGGAGAAACUGUUUAUUUGUUGUUUUUUUUAAUCAAAACAAAAACAAGCACAUGGAUAUUUUUAGGGUACACAGAAUUGAUGCCAAUUUCUUGGUAGUGCUGGAAACCUGCAAAGGAUUUACUUUACAGUCUUACCCUUAGGAAAGUUCUGAUGGGUAAUAGAGUUGACUCACUGAAUGACAUAAAAAUAACCAGAACAUAACCCUGUUCACAGCAUAGUCUCUUUAGGACUGGGAUUGAUCACUGCACAUACAUAAAGGAUAUGCAGAUCAAAGGACCAACACAGAGCCUGUGCUACUCACACACACACACUCAGUAUUUAUUCAUAUAUUCUGAUGUUCCUCUUAAUCUUUUUGUCAGGACUUUGAUGACAUACAUUGAUCAGACAUGGUGGUGCAAAAGCACAGAGUGCUUUGUAGUUGUCAUGCUAAGCUAUUGAAUAUUGUCAGUAACACUUAAACACCAAGCUUUGAUAGUCACUGUUUUUGUUUUUGUUUUAAAUAAUGGACCAUGUGUGUGUUCUGCUACUGAAAGUAACAAUAAAAGAAAUACCAUAAGACUCUAAGGUAAAUGGACAGUAAAGGCUUUUUUGUCAUUUGGCUUUUUUGGCUUCAAUGGCUUCUGCUCUGUCAGCCAAUGUCAUUUCAGCACAAUGGAGUAUGCAGUUAACUGAUGUGCAUUCUGAGAGAAUUUUGAGGUAUUUGUAACACAUUCAUGAUCAAUAUUUCAUCAGACUUCAUUCUGCCAGUCGGACUGACUUGCCUUCAUUCUAAAAUGAAUUCAACACUCAGAGAAAUGUGGACUGAGUUAUUUUUUUUUAUUUUCGCUGUAGGUUGAUAGCUGGUCUAUGCAGUGUUAAGGUUACACUUUAAUUCAAACUUUCCUACUCGGGUUUUGUUCAACGUGAACCUUUUUUUAUUGAGCUGUUGACAUUGUGUAAGUUUCCAACUGCCGUCACUAAUAAAAAAACUAGA